AUUAUCCCUCUCCUUAAAUUCACCUUUUAAAGUAUUCUUUCUGCAGACUCCUGUCUAUGGUUUAGGUACUUGAUUUGCGUGAAACAGAGCCAGACUUUCCUAUUAACUAGCGCCCCGAUUGAAAUUCCCUGUCGUCGGAGAACAAGAACUAUAAAUGGUGCUUGGCAGUUUAAAGUCUCUUGGCUUCUACGGAGGCUAACUUGCCAAAGCGAAUAGGAAGUAGCCUAAAGUUCAGUAAAGGCGCUGAAUAGAAAAGGUCCUCUUCUGGAUGGGAAAAGAGCUUCGCAGAACAUGAGCUCUGUUUCCCGUAGGGCUCCCUACUUACCCACCCGUUCAGCGAUUAUUGCAGGCUUUGACUGGUCCCCUCAGGUCCAGUAUCGCACAAGCGUUGUGCCGCAGAUGGUACCUUAGCUUACUUUCCAUCUCGUGCUGCGUUACUUAUACCCACAGAAGACUUACUUCAGCGUCGAAUAAACCCCGUGAGAAGCGUCCCCGACUCAUGCCGGUGGGACCAUCGCGUUGUGGCUGGUAAAAUCCAGGAACAGGACGAUGCUUGGAAGAACGUAACCUAUGGAGGAGCAGGCAACAGUCUCCUGUUAGGCAACAGGCUCGUGUGCGUGCAUUUGGCUUGUCCCGAUGGCUGGUGUAGAUGAUCGCUCACGUGCCCCAAAGCUCCUUGUGCUGAUGUUGGAUCUGCCCCUCGGCAAAGGACCGCAUCCUGUGUGUUCAACUUUUCUUCCUUACCGUGUCGUAUAUAGGAGAAAAGCUCUUUCGAGAGAGAUGGGGAAGGAAUUAAUUAUACCUCUGCCUCAUCCUGUGAGACCAGAAGACAAUGACUCACUAACUGUUCAAACAGCACCGAGAAAGGAUCUAGGAAUUUCACCGCAUGAGAUGCUGUUCAGAUUCCCCUAUCUGGGCAGAAGGGAUGAGAUACCGCAAUUCGAAACAAGAGAGAGUUUUCUUAAGAACUGUAUUCUGGGGUUGUCCUCUUCUUUGUCAUCUCUCAGUACCCGUGGGUUGUUGGCUCAAACCCCACCUUUGGAAUUCCCCAUUCUCCACCAUCAGCCAGGAAAUUGGGUCCUGAUUCGGACCUGGAAAGAAUCAAAACUCCGGCCUGAAUGGGAAGGACUAUUCCAAGUACUACUAACCACUGAAACAGCCGUAAGAACUGCAGAAGAAGGCUGGACUCACUAUACUCGAGUGAAGGUGUCCGUCGACCCUAGUACCUGGGAAGCUCUUCCUACAGAAGACUUGUUGGAAGUUGAAAUCGAAGAGAAAAAUCUCGUAGCGGACUCUGAGCAGGAUUAAAGCUUACAAUUGUAAACUAACCUUUUAUUUUCACAGGUAACUAAUGAGCGUGACUCGUGAUUGAGAGAAAGGACUGGCCUAUGGCGAAUCGAAGUGCUCCCAAGGGGUUUUUGUUCUAGUAGUAGUGUACAUAUAUCUUACUCUUUGUAUUGGUAAUUAUUUGGAAACCUAAGGGUUAAAAAUAAUGACCGGGAAAAGUCAACUAUUAAUUUUGUUUCUAGUGAUUGUGGGCCUCAGAGAAGGCCUUGGUCAAUUGGCAACUUGGAAAAGGUAUGACCAGAUAAUAGUAAGAUGGGAUACCCCGUCAGAAUAGGGGGUGAAUGUGACAGAGGGUUACGUACCACAGUCUGUCAUGUUUGAUGCUUGUGAGGUGUUAGCUUGUGGAGAUUUAAAUGCCCAGUGACAAUUGAGCAGAGAGAACAAAUAACUGGGAGAGACCCAACAGCCAGAUUGAGAACAGCUGUAUGGAAACGAUCCUCUAUUGCCAUCAGAGAAAGGGAGAAACUCAAGGAGAAAACAGGAGGCCCUCUUUGAAAUGUGGCAGUUCAAACAUUUGAGAUUGAAACAGGGUAUGGGGAUGUGAAUGCCCGGAUAGAAUGGGUCAAAUAUACUGUCCAGAGUCUCAACCAUAGCAAUUGCUAUGCUUGUGCCUCGGGACGACCGACUGCCCAGACAGUGCCCUGCCCAUUGGGGUGGACCAGGGAUUCCCAGGGGAUGCGAUGUAUGAUUGCAUUGUACCAAGAAAAGGCUGCCUGGGCUUGAUGCGUUUCCAAGUUGAAAGAGAUAAGUACAUCUAUUUAAAGUAACAUCUAGUAGGAUCAUUUAAAGUAAACUAAUCUAUAUAGUAGUAGAUGCCUUUAUUGCAUGCAGCUCUUCUUCAGGUGAGUAAUUCUUAUAGUAUAAGUAAUUCUUUUCCCAUGUUUUGGUCAUGAUGUUUGUAGCGUGCCUUUUUAUGUGUGUGUUUGGCCUGGAGCUGUCCUGCCUGGCAAUUAGUGAUGGUAGCUAAAGUGGUGGUUCAUCAGUGCAAUAAUACAUUGUCCUGACUCUUUUGGGAAAGACAUCUGGUCUGUCUCUGGGCGAAUGCACAAGCUCUGGGCGAGUACUCAAGGGCAGCUGGCACAGAGUCUUUUUUUCUUUUUUUCCCAGCAGUAGGUAAACCUUAGGAGGAAUUGGUCAAAGGAAACAGCAACUGUCAAGUUCUUGUUCGGCAACUCGGUGACUGAUUUGAUCUACUUCUCAGAUGUAGAGGCAAAUGGACUGCUCUUUUGAAAUGAUAAAAUAAAAAACAUGAAGUUUGUCAAA